GUGCCAUUCUGAUCUGAGGAUCUAGCUAGCACAAGAACCGUCCGUCUUUCCGUCGACUCAGAGAGCAGCGCUCGAGCCAAGUCAAGAGGUCACGCGUACAGUGAGGUUCUGUACAUGCGCAAGAAAACUGCUGACUGGUGCGUAGAUCCUCUCCAGCCUCCUAAUCCGCGAUAACCUCAACCCUUCGCGAGCCCUUUCUUGAGACGCAUGCUACGUUCGUACCAUAUUCCAGUGCUGCUACCGUUCUUCUUAGACUUAAACUCCUGGUCAUAGGAGCUUGUUACUCUACUCAUUUAGAGCUCCCGGGAGCUCGUUCUCUCUAUCGCGUCUUUGUAUUAGUAACAACCCUAAUCGCCAGCUCCCGCUGUAUCCGCUACCCUCAGAAGCCAGCCGAGGUUACGUCUGAAGAUAAGUCCCUGUCGUGAAACCCUACGUCGCUCCUGUGUAACAUACACUACGUCCUCUCUCUCGUGUACGCUACCGUCGUCCAUCGCUGAAGCUGUAGUACCAAUAGGUCUCCGAACACUCGGAGCUACCCAUUGCCACGAACGGCGCAUGUACUUAGUAGCUUCAACGGUUUAUAGGCUCCUCCUUUCUUUUCCUGAAACGAAUCGGGAACAGCUUACGUCUUGACCUGGUGCCGGCGGACUGCCUAGUGAUUUCCCCCGUCUCCAUCGCGCCUCCGCGACACAGCGUGCGACGGCUGCGACAAUAGCGAAGCGACUCUAGCAAGGCGACUCUAGCAAGGCGACUCUAGCAAGGCGACUCUAGGCGAGAUCAGGUCGUUUGGGAACGGCUUGUGUCAACAUCACUCCUAACCCCAUCAUCCACGCCUCUACCGUAGACUCCCUCCAUCGUUUUGUACAAUCCUCUGCGCCACGCAGCCAUGCCUCGGGCUUCCUUCUUCGCCUCGUCCGGGCAACGAAUUGCAGAAGGCUCUCUCAGCACGCGAUCCGUUGACUCUGCCGCGUCAGCGUCUGCCGCUUCGUCCGGCUCUCCGUCACUCGCCGUGCCUACCGCCGCCGAAGCCGCUGACUCACGCAGAUGUUCUUCCUUCGUUUUUACGGCGUCCCGUGCUUCCUCCUGCCGUUCGCAGUCUGCAUCUCAAUUCCGAACCGGACGUCGGUUACAAUCAUCUCUCCAGUCACCCGUCUCGCUGCAACGGUUGCCAGUGUCGGUUCUUUCUCCGUUUCUGCCGCUGGUGGUCCUGGUCGUUAUUCUGCUCCUCUCCGCGUCUCACGCUGACGCGUGUCCGCGCCGCCUGCUGGCCCAGCCGCAGUCUCCGCUCUCCGGCCUCGUUAAGGACGACAUUGUGGCGCUUAUAGCGGAGCUCCGCGACAUCAAGAAGCACUACUCCAUUAUCACGCAAUACAUGGAGCAGCUAGUGGCGGUUCCGAACGCGGAUUUCGCGUGGGCCGCCAACACCACGUGGCUGCUUCCCACGGAUAAGGCCAUCACCAUGGCUCGGAAGAAAGAUAAGACGUUCACGGGCACCAUCACUCCGUGCCACUUCAUUCAAUUCCGCCGUGCGUACAGCUACCAGGAGUGCGGGGAGCCCACCCCUUUGAUCUUCCUAGAGGGGAAUUGGAUGGCGGGAUCUGCAGGGGGAAACGGCGCGGAUUUCGGUGGGACGACUUGUACUGUGAAGAGAUUUUUGCCGCCGGCGGCGCGUGUGGUGAUAGGGAGUGUGGAUGACAAGAAGACGCGGGGAACGAUUGUUCACCCGAGCUUGUUUGAAGGGACUUACUUCAGUGCGCAUGGUGUGGAUUCACUCAUAAUGCCAUGAAGGGUCCAAGAGAGAUGGAAGGAUGAGGCUUGGUAAAAUUUGGGGGUAACAGGUCGGGGGUAUUUGUUGGGUUAACUGUGUCAAGAGCAUAGGCUCCUCAUUUUCCUAUACCUAUCUCUAGCUGGUAGAACUUUCUUCCAGCCUAAACAAGUGACUGAGCUUAUGUCUUAGCCUUAUUUCCUAUCAAUGUAGUGUCUGUUGACCCCGUGAUUGUUUU